GCAUAGCUGUUCGUGGCUCUGGGUUGUCCAGCUCCCUUUAGAUAUUUUCUCUUUUGCUUUUGUAAAAGUCACCGGUCUGUAUAGAUGGCAGCUCAGAAGGAGGUACCUUGUAACCAGUGCACAGGGACGGCCACAGCACUGCAGAGACUGGAAGGUUUUGCUAAUCGCCUUUUCCAUAGGCAUUCGAAGAGUGGUGUGCAUGAACAGAGAACGGCUCUGGAAAAUGAGAGCCAUCAUUGCUCUGAACUUGCUGUCCUAUGGGACAAAUCAAUGAAAGAGUUCCUAGCCAAAGCCAAAGAAGACUUUUUAAGAAAAUGGGAAAGCCCCCCUCAGAAUACUGCUGGCCUAGAUGAUUUUGAGAGGCAAAAAACCCUUGGAACAGGAUCAUUUGGGAGAGUUAUGAUGGUGAAACAUAAAUCCACAGAGCAGUAUUAUGCUAUGAAGAUACUGGACAAACAGAAGGUCGUCAAACUGAAGCAAAUAGAACACACACUGAAUGAGAAGAGAAUAUUACAAGCAGUGAACUUUCCUUUCCUUGUAAAACUGGAGUAUUCUUUUAAGGACAAUUCUAAUUUAUACAUGGUAAUGGAGUAUGUUCCUGGUGGUGAGAUGUUUUCACAUCUAAGAAGAAUCGGAAGGUUCAGUGAACCACAUGCACGGUUUUAUGCAGCUCAGAUAGUGCUAACAUUUGAGUACCUCCAUUCAUUAGACCUCAUCUACAGAGAUCUAAAGCCUGAAAAUCUUUUAAUUGAUCAGCAAGGAUACAUCCAGGUCACGGACUUUGGCUUUGCAAAAAGAGUAAAAGGAAGAACUUGGACGUUAUGUGGGACUCCAGAAUACCUGGCACCUGAAAUAAUUCUCAGCAAGGGUUACAACAAGGCAGUGGAUUGGUGGGCAUUAGGAGUGUUAAUCUAUGAAAUGGCAGCUGGAUAUCCCCCAUUCUUUGCAGAUCAGCCCAUUCAAAUUUAUGAGAAGAUUGUGUCUGGCAAGGUAAGGUUCCCAUCACACUUCAGUUCAGACCUAAAGGAUCUUCUAAGAAAUUUACUCCAGGUAGAUUUGACCAAACGGUAUGGAAAUCUCAAGAAUGGUGUAAAUGACAUAAAGAAUCACAAGUGGUUUGCAACUACAGAUUGGAUUGCCAUUUAUCAGAGAAAGGUAGAGGCUCCGUUCAUACCAAAGUGCAGAGGCCCUGGAGAUACCAGCAACUUUGAUGACUAUGAAGAAGAAGAUAUUCGUGCGUCUCUAACAGAAAAAUGUGCAAAAGAAUUUGCUGAUUUUUAGUAGGAGUAAGAGGACAAGAUGACAUCAGGGCUCACAUUGGGAUCUUUGCACUCUGUUAACAGAUGAGGUGGAGCUGAGACCAUCAUAUGUCAAAACAGUUACCUAGUUACUUCAUUCCACAAAGCUGACUGAGGUCUUUAUUGCCAUCUUCCAUGUGUGCAGUUUGCACCAACCCUUCUAACUAGGCACAAUUAAGCAAGCACUGUUUGUGCAGUAACACAGAAUAAUAGACCACUUUCCUACUUAACUUUGGUUUCUGUCGUUCUUUGUUUCUGUGUAUUGUUCAUUUUCCCCCUUUAAAAUGAAGUAGUUUUUUACCCAAGAAUGCUCCAUUUUAUUUUGAAUAAUGUAUUAUUUGUGUGAGUGAAAUGGAAGGUGUUGCGGCUAGUGUGAUUUAGACUGAAGUGAAAGAUAAAUGUUGCUUCUAGUCUGUGCCAGCCAAUAAUUCUUGUCUGUCUUGUGUCUGAUGCUACAGUUUAUAAUAAUUUUUUAGUAGCUCAGACUAAACCUAGCCAACAUUUUUAGCAUUUUUGAAGGUAGUAUUUAUCGCCAUAUAAAUGUCUGCUAAAUUAACUUAAAAACACUUCUUCCUGGAGACUGACCAAAAUUCAGUAGAAUUAAUUGGAUGGCUUAAGUGUAGGGGACAGUAGCUAGACCCCGUGCCUUGGUUUUCUACAUCCCUGCAGUUUUCGUCACUGCCUCCUUCCUUUGUAUUUCCCACCUAGGCAGUAAGUAAAUUGCCAUAACCAGACUGUACCAUGGAAAGCUUACAGUCUUGUGAGAGGGAGUAAUUCCACCUGGUCUGGAUUUUGGACCAUAUUUAACCAAGUCGACUUACCAGCAUUUCAGUUGGCAGGUAUGAAAUGGCUUUUUUAAGAACGUGAACCCUAAACUCUUAAAGCAAGUUUUGGUCAGUAUUGUAGAGAAUAUGAUUAAUUUUGAUUCACACUUUAUCUUGUUGUUUUUUUUAAAAAAAAAAAAAGCCAGUGUUUGGGCUCCCAGUGUAUUCCUUGUUUUGAGCCUUUUUUGAUUAAAAAAGGUCUCCAUUACAAUAAAAAACACCACACAAGAAAAAGCAAAAUGCGCUCUGCCGUUAGCUGUGAAAAACAAAUGGUUUAGCAAAUGCAAAAUAAUGUUCUAGAUGCAUCGCUGGAUGAACACGGUUAUUUUUUGUUAGCUGUUAAGAAUAAGAGGUUAUUGCCAAGUUUUUAUUCUGGUAUACUAUAUUAGUAAACUUGAGGAUGGAGUACUGCUACAAUCAUUUUCUUUUUAAUUACAGCACUUCAUUCAUGAAGAAAAGAGACAAAGUUUAAAAACUGCAACAGCUGGUUUAUUUUAGUUGCGUUGUGUCUUCAUUUCUAACCUACUUUCUUUCAAUCAAACAGAAUGUAUGGUCACACAGAUAUAAGUAUUUGGGCUUAAUUAUGUUUUGUAUACUCUCACCAACUGACUUAAAAGAUAUUGCUACCAUGUGCUAGCUUUGGGCACUUUUACACAUUUAUUUCAAUGUUAAUCAGUGGCUCAGCACUUUUCUGGGGGGUUGCUUUUAAACUUAUUCAUAGUAGUUUUAUUUGUACACUUGAUUCUGGCUGUCUCAGUGACCUGUCUUAAAACAGCACAUCUAAACAGUUUAAACUAGACUCAUAUUUUACGAUAAAUUUACAUGCAUACAAGGAUGAAUUGUUUUUAAAAAAAAAUGAGCUAUAUUGAUACAUAGCCAUUGUAUUUGUUUGAAUGUCAGUGCAAAUAAACCACUGGCAUUCCUUCCUUUUAAUCUGUAUGACACUCCUUUAAGAAAAGCCUUUGUAGUCAUUUUACAAAAGAGUAUGAAACGUACCAUCCAACAUUCUGUAUGUUUAGGUUGUUGAGCAUUUUUGCACAACGUCAUUAGGAGGCUGACAAUGAAUGCAGUCUUUGUCCACCCAUAUUUACAUAUGUGCAAGAAAAGUAUAAGAUACUUUGCUGUAGCAAAUUUUAUGUAACAAAGAUAUAUCGUCACAUUAAUAAAUUUAAAGAAAUCCUUUGUAUGAAAAUGUUAAAAUCUUUUGUAUUUCAUUUAGACCAAGGACAUGCUGCUGUAUGCUAGCUGUAUGCGAUAAAUUCUACAGUAACUUUGUUGUCGUUUAUGAACUUUAAAAGAUUUUAAUAAAUGUUGGAGAUCACAA